GAGACACAGGGAAAAGCUCAGGACGCAAUUCUCUGAGAGCUGGAACCUGAGGGAGUGCAGUAUCAACUCCUCUGAGCUGAUGUCUAAAUCCUGCCCCAGGCCUCAGUGCGGCCUGCAGCUUCAAAAGGUGAGAUAAGGAACCAGCCUUUCUUAUUGUAUUCUACUUUGAGGUUUAUAUAUAUUUAAGAUAAAUGCAGUCUUUGAAAAAAAUUAUUGAGAGGUUCUUUGUCAGGGGUGAGGGGUAUAUGUGUAACAAUUUUCACCAAAUAGUUAUUUGCAUAUCAGGGUUCUUUACUGUUGUGAUGGAUGUGAAGAACCAUCCUGUUUUUCCUCUCUCCACCAUGUUUCCUUUUAUGCCAUGAAAUGCUGCUCAUUAGGCCUGUUUCCUCUUAUUUUAUAGACUAACCUAUUUCAACUACUCUCUUACUACAGGCCUUUUUAUUAGAUUAUUGUAUUACAGAAUUAAAUAUAAUUGUAUGCAUUGUCAGAAUAUGUUUAUGUAAAAAUGAAAUGGAAAAGUAUUUGAAAAAAUACUAUUUGUAAAAGAGGUUGAUAGCCAUCGUUGUUGUUGUUAUGAAAGUGGGAACUGCAACUCAGUAGCCAGUAAGUUAUUGUAAUUUUACUAGAAAAGUAUUACAGUAAAAUCAAGUACAUUUCUUUACUUUGAGCACACUUGGGACUCAACCUCAACUGGGAUUUGAACUCACAACCUCUUGAUUGCCAGCAACCUGAAUUUCCUGCUACGCCAACAGGUCUGUGGCCAUGGAUUUAUUGGCAAGAACACAUUUCUGCACUUUGCUAAAAGUUGCCCAGAAUCAAGUCAAUAAUUCUCAGAUUGUCUGACAACACCAACAUCGCAGUGCUCAGCAACACUUGAAUGCUCUGGGGAUUUGAAUUUGCAACCAUUUGAUCGGGAGUGCAUCAAUGUUUUGCAGUGCCACCAUGUACAUAUUUGUUAACAUACACUACCGGUCAAAAGUUUUAGAACACCAAGGGUUUUUCUUUAAUUUUACUAUUUUCUACAUUGUAGAAUAAUAGUGAAGACAUAAAAAAAUAUGAAAUAACACAUAUGGAAUCAUGUAGAAACCAAAAAAGUGUUGAACAAAUCAAAAUACAUUUUAGAUUUCAGAUUCUUGAAAUAGUCACCCUUUGCUUUGAUGACAGCUUUGCACACUCUUGGCAUUCUCUCAACCAGCUUCAUGAGGUAGUCACCUUGAAUGCAUUUCAAUUAACAGGUGUGCCUUCUUAAAAGUUAAUUGGUGGAAUUUCUUUCCUUCAUAAUGCGUUUGAAACAAUCAGUUGUGUUGUGACAAGGUAGGGGUGGUAUACAGAAGAUAACCCCAUUUGGUAAAAGACCAAGUCCAUAUUAUGGCAAGAACAGCUCAAAUAAGCAAAGAGAAACGACAGUCCAUCAUUACUUUAAGACAUGAAGGUCAGUCAAUACAGAACAUUUCAAGUACUUUGAACGUUUCUUUAAGUGCAGUCGCAACAACCAUCAAGCGCUAUGAAGAAACUGGCUCUCAUGAGGACCGCCACAGGAAUGGAAGACCCAGAGUUACCUCUGCUGCAGAGGAUAAGUUCAUUAGAGUUACCAGCCUCAGAAAUUGCAGUCCAAAUAAAUGCUUCAUAGACUUCAACUAACAGACACAUCUCAACAUCAGAGUGUGUGAAUCAGGCCUUCAUGGUUGAAUUGCUGCAAAUAAACCACUACUAAAGGACACCAAUAAGAAGAAGAGACUUGCUUGGGCCAAGAAACACGAGCAAUGGACAUUAGACCGGUGGAAAUUUGUCCUUUGGUCUGGAGUCCAAAUUGGAGAAUUUUGGUUCCAACCGCCGUGUCUUUGUGAGAUGCGGUGUGGGUGAAUGGAUGAUCUCCGCUUGUGUAUUUCCCACCGUAAAGCAUGGAGGAGGAGGUGUUAUGGUGUGGGGGUGCUUUGCUGGUCACACAGGCAAUGUACUCAUUAGCAUAUAUGGGGGCAUGGUCUAAAAUAUGUUGUAUUUGUGCCAACCGUUAGUGGGUAACGCCAUACAUUAAGUUGCUCCUAUUAGUAUGUAGCUACACAGUAAUAACUGUAGUAACAUAGUAGUUACAUAUGUGUUACUAUGUAAUUACAUGGUAAUAAGGUUGUAACACUAUCAGUUAUUACACAAUUGGAACAAGGAAUGCAUAAUUUCACAUCCACUUGCUACACAUUUGUUGUUCCACUAUGUAACUAUGUUUUGUAAUUUGAUGUUUAAAAGUCACCUGUGAAUUACCAUGUUAAUAACUCAAACCAAAAUCUGACCUUGUCACAUGUAACUACAAAGUGCCACUACCAUCGAAUCCAUAUGUAAUACCAGGGUUGAUAAAUAGGGUAGGACCUUUUUCACUCAUGUAGUUACAUAUAUUAGAUCACACCCCAAAUAUGCUAAUGAGCUCCUUUACAACACCUACAUUUUAAAGCGCAGUGCUGAUUUGACUUUAUAUUCAAAAUAUUGGGUAGAAACAUCUACUAUUACGUUAUCCACACCGACCACUAGUAAAUAUUCCCUGUUUUAGGUCAGUUAGGAUCACCACUUUAUUUUAGGAAUGUGAAAUGUCAGAAUAAUAGUAGAGAGAAUGAUUUAUUUCAGGUUUUAUUUAUUUUAUCACAUUCCCAGUGGGUCAGAAGUUUACAUACACUCAAUUAGUAUUUGGUAGCAUUGCCUUUAAAUUGUUUAACUUGGGUCAAACGUUUCGGGUAGCCUUCCACAAGCUUCCCACAACAAUACGUUGGGUGAAUUUUGGCCCAUUCCUCCUUUCAGAGCUGGUGUAACUGAGUCAGGUUAGUAGGCCUCCAUGCUCGCAAACGCUUUUCAGUUCUGCCCACACAUUUUCUAUAGGAUUGAGGUCAGGGCUUUGUGAUGGCCACUCCAAUACCUUGACUUUGUUGUCCUUAAGCCAUUUUGCCACAACUUUGGAAGUAUGCUUGGGGUCAAUGAUCAUUUGGAAGACCCAUUUGCGACCAAUCUUUAAUUUCCUGACUGAUGUCUUGAGAUGUUGCUUCAAUAUAUCCACAUAAUUUUCCUUCCUCAUGAUGCUAUCUAUUUUAUGAAGUGCACCAGUCCUUCCUGCAGCAAAGCCCCCCCCCCCCCCCCCCCACAGCAUGAUGCUGCCACCCCUGUGCUUCACGGUUGGGAUGGUGUUCUUCGGCUUGCAAGCUAUCCCCUUUUUCCUCCAAACAUAACAAUGGUUAUUAUGGCCAAACAGUUCUAUUUUUUUCAUCAGACCAGAGGACAUUUCUCCAAAAAGUACAAUCUUUGUCCUCAUGUGCAGUUGCAAACCGUAGUCUGGCUUUUUUAUGGCGGAUUUGGAGCAGUGGCUUCUUCCUUGCUGAGCGGCCUUUCAGGUUAUGUCGAUAUAGUACUUGUUUUACUGUGGAUAUAGAUACUUUUGUACCUGUUUCCUCCAGCAUCUUCACAAGGUCCUUUGCUGUUGUUCUGGGUUUGAUUUGCACUUUUCGCACCAAAGUACGUUCAUCUCUAGGAGACAGAAUGUGUCUCCUUCCUGAGCUGUAUGACGGCUGUGUGGUCCCAUGGUGUUUAUACUUGCGUACUAUUGUUUGUUGAGGUGUUGGCUGAUUUCUUUUGAUUGUCCCAUGAUGUCAAGCAAAGAGGCACUGAGUUUGAAGGUGGGCCUUGAAAUACAUCCACAGGUACACCUCCAAUUGACAAAAAUGAUGUCAAUUAGCCUAUCAGAAGCUUCUAAAGCCAUGACAUAAUUUUCUGGAAUUUCCCAAGCUGUUUAAAGGCACAGUCAACUGAGUGUAUGUAAACUUCUGACCCACUGGAAUUGUGAUACAGUGAAUUAUAAGUGAAAUAAUCUGUCUGUGAACAAUUGUUGGAAAAAUGACUUGUGUCAUGCACAAAGUAGAUGUCCUAACCGACUUGCCAAAACUAUAGUUUGUUAACAAGACAUUUGUGGAGUGGUUGAAAAACGAGUUUUAAUGACUCCAACCUAAGUAUAUAUGUAAACUUCCGACUUCAACUGUAUAUCAAUGAUGGCGCUCUUGCUGCUGGUGACUCUCAGAUCCACCUCUAUGCAGACGACACCAUUUUGUAUACAUCUGGCCCUUCAUUGGACACUGUGUUAACAAACCUCCAAACGAGCUUCAAUGCCAUACAACACUCCUUCCGUAGCCUCCAACUGCUCUUAAACGCUAGUAAAACUAAAUGCAUGCUCUUCAAUCAAACGCUGCUUGCGCCCACCUGCCCGACUAGAAUCAUUACUCUCGGCAGGUCUGACUUAGAAUAUGUGGACAACUACAAAUACAUAGGUGUCUGGUUAGACCGUAAACUCUCCUUCCAGACUCACAUUAAGCAUCUCCAAUCCAAAGUUACAUCUAGAAUCAGCUUCCUAUUUCGCAACAAAGCCUCCUUCACUCAUGCUGCCAAAUAUGCCCUCGCAAACUGACUAUCCUACCGAUCCUUGACUUCGGCAAUGUCAUUUACAAAAUAGCCUCCAACACUCUACUCAGCAAAUUGGAUGUAGUCUAUCACAGUGCCAUCUGUUUUGUCACCAAAGCCCCAUAUACUACCCACCAUUGUGACCUGUAUGCUCUCGUUGGCUGGCCCUCACUAUAUAUUCGUCGCCAAACCCACUGGCUCCAGGUCAUCUAUAAAUCACUGCUAGUCAAAUCCCUGCCUUAUCUUAGCUCAUUGGUCAACAUAGCAACACCCACCCGUAGUAUGCGCUCCAGCAGGUAUAUCUCACUGGUCGUCCCCAAAGCCAACACCUCCUUUGGCCGCCAUUCCUUCCAGUUCUCUGCUUCUAAUGACUGGAACGAACUGCAAAUAUCUCUGAAGCUGGAGACUCUUAUCUCCCUCACUAACUUUAAGCAUCAGUUGUCAGAGCAGCUUACCGAUCACUGCACCUGUACACAGCCCAUCUGUAAUUAGCCCACCCAACUACCUCAUCCCCAUAUUGUUAUUUAUUUUGCUCAUUUGCACCCCAGUAUCUCUAUUUGCACAACUUCUUCUGCAGAUCUAUCUCUCCAGUGUUAAUACUAAAUUGUAAUUAUUUUGCACUAUGGCCUAUUUAUUGCCUUACCUCCAAAAUUUACUACAUUUGCACACACUGUAUAUAGAUUUUCUAUUGUGUUAUUGACUGUAUGUUUUGUUUUAUCCCAUGUGUAACUCUGUGUUGUUGUUAUUUUUAUCGCACUGCUUUGCUUUAUCUUGGCCAGGUCGCAGUUGUAAAUGAGAACCUGUUCUCAACUGGCUUACCUGGUUAAAUAAGGGUGAAAUAAAAAAAAUAUCUGAGUGUUGAUUCUACACUCUUAGAAAAAAGGAUUCCAAAAGGGUUCUUCGGCUGUCCCCAAAGGAGAACCCUUUUUGGUUCCAGGUAGAAACAUUUUGGGUUCCAUAUAGAACCCUCUGUAGAAAGGGUUCUACACCCACCCUAAAAGGGUUCUACAAAAUUAUUUGAUAAAAUAUUGAUUUAGGCCUUUACUACUAAAGCCCAUGGAAACGCAUUGAAUUACACAUUCAUAAAUGGCAAAAAGGACAGUAAAAAAAAUUAACCAUGAGAAACAAGGUUUUGAAGUGUCUGUCCUAAAUCUACAUUUGUAUUUUUUACACAUACAGUAUUUGACUAUUUUUUGGGUAGGCACAAAACUACCUUCAUACUUCCAUUCAUUUUUUUAAACCUGUACCGGUUACCUUCAGACGAGUCCCAUGACACUUGUGGGUGUUUUAAAGCAAAAUGCCAUCGUGUUCGUGAGUCUCCCCUUUCAAUAGAGUGGUCAUAAUACUUUCUAGGUCCAACCGUGAGAAGGUCUGACAAACACCGCUCUAGCUCUGCCACCUUUUGAAUGCAGUGUAUUAAGACGCAUCCAAUGCAAAAAACCUUGAUAUCUCUUUCUUAAACUAACAGAUUUUGAUGGAGCGUUUUUGGUUAUGUAACUUAGAUUGACGCACCGGUGUGUCAAUCAAAUCUAGGGGGUUAAACACUAUUAUUGCACACAGAGUCCAUACAAGUUAUGUGACUUGUUAUGCAAAUGCUUGCCAUAACAAAGGGGUUGAAUAAUUAUUGACUCAAGACAUUUCAGCUUUGCAUUUUUUAUUAAUUUGUAAACAUUUCUAAAAACAUAAUUCCAUUUUGAUAUUAUGGGGUAUUGUGUGUAGGCCGGUGACACAACAUCUCAAUUUAAUAAAUUUUAAAUUCAGGCUGUAACACAACAAAAUGUGGAAAAGGUCAAGGGAUGUGAAUAUUUUCUGAUGGUAAUAAAGUGUGUACUUUUAAUUCAAACACAUGCACUUAGGCAGUCACUUGGUGAAGGCUUCAUAACUAGAAGUUAUUGAAUGCAGCAAUGAUGUCUUUGUCACUUAUAUCUGACAUUCACUUAAAAAGCAUGCUGGGAAAUAUGCAAAUAAGGCUUUACAACCUACAAUGUUAACCCCCCUCCCCCAACUCCAAUAAAGUGUUAAUUUAAGUCGUAAUAUGCAACACCCAAUUUGUGAACAUUUUGAAAAGUGUUAGGUUAACACUAUUUCGGUGGGUCACAUACAGUAUAAUGUCUAAGAAAGUCUUAAAAUUCUGAUCUCAAAUUUGCUGUGCAGAGCAUUUAUGAACACUUUACAUCAAGUGUUGCUGAGCACUGCUAUUUUGAUGUUGGUUUUGUCAGAUAAUAUGACAAUUAUUGACUUGAUUCUGGGCCACUUUUAGCAAAGUGCAGAAACAGAUUGUUGCCAAUAAAUCUGAGGCCAAUCUCUGUUAUGCCAACAGACCUGGUGGCGUAGUAAGAAAUUCAGGUUGAUGGCAACCAAGAGGCUGUGAGUUAAAAUCCAGGCUGAGGUUGAGUCCCAAGUGUGCUCACAGUAAAUAAUUUUACUGUAAUACGUACAGUGAGGGAAAAAGUAUUUGAUCCCCUGCUGAUUUUGUACGUUUGCCCACUGACAAAGAAAUGAUCAGUCUACAAUUUUAAUGGUAGGUGUAUUUGAACAGUGAGAGACAGAAUAACAACAACAAAAUCCAGAAAAACGCAUGUCAAAAAUGUUAUAAAUUGAUUUGCAUUUUAAUGAGAGAAAUAAGUAUUUGACCCCCUCUCAAUCAGAAAGAUUUCUGGCUCUCAGGUGUCUUUUAUGCAGGUAACGAGCUGAGAUUAGGAGCACACUCUUAAAGGGAGUGCUCCUAAUCUCAGCUUGUUACCUGUAUAAAAGACACCUGCCCACAGAAGCAAUCAAUCAAUCAGAUUCCAAACUCUCCACCAUGGCCAAGACCAAAGAGCUCUCCAAGGAUGUCAGGGACAAGAUUGUAGACCUACACAAGGCUGGAAUUGUCACACCCUGGUUCUGGGACUCAUUAUGUUGAGCCAGGGUGUGUGCAGUCUAUGUGUUUAUGUUCUAUGUUGGGUGUCUAGGUUGUUGUUUUCUAUGUUUGGUCAAUGACUCCCAAUCGGAGGUAACGAGUGUCAGCUGUCGGCUCGUUAUCUCUGAUUGGGAGCCAUAUGUAUACUGUGUGUUUUCACCUUGGGGUUGUGGGUUUUUGUUCCAUUGUUCUGUCAGUGUCACAGAGGACUUCACUAUCGUCAUUUGUUUUGUGGUUUUCGUGGUUGCUUUAAUUUAAUAAAGUAAACAUGUUCGCUCAACACGCUGCGCCUUGGUCCGCUUCUUUAGACGAUCGUGACAGGAAUGGGCUACAAGACCAUCGCCAAGCAGCUUGGUGAGAAGGUAACAACAGUUGGUGCGAUUAUUCGCAAAUGGAAGAAACACAAAAUAACUGUCAAUCUCCCUCGGCCUGGGGCUCCAUGCAAGAUCUCACCUCGUGGAGUUGCAAUGAUCAUGAGAACGGUGAGGAAUCAGCCCAGAACUACACGGGAGGAUCUUGUCAAUGAUCUCAACGCAGCUGGGACCAUAGUCACCAAGAAAACAAUUGGUAACACACUACGCCGUGAAGGACUGAAAUCCUGCAGCCCUUGCAAGGUCCCGCUGCUCAAGAAAUCACAUAUACAGGGCCGUCUGAAGUUUGCCAAUGAACAUCUGAAUGAUUCAGAGGAGAACUGGGUAAAAGUGUUGUGGUCAGCUGAGACCAAAAUCGAGCUCUUUGGCAUCAACUCAACUCGCCGUGUUUGGAGGAGGAGGAAUGCUGCCUAUGACCUCUGUAGCUCAGCUGGUAGAGCACGGCGCAUGUAACGCCAAGGUAGUGGGUUCGAUCCCCGGGACCACCCAUACACAAAAAUGUAUGCACGCAUGACUGUAAGUCGCUUUGGAUAAAAGCGUCUGCUAAAUGGCAUAUUAUAUAUUAUUAUAUUAUAUUAUAACACCAUCCCCACCGUCAAACAUGGAGGUGGAAACAUUAUGCUUUGGGGGUGUUUUUCUGCUAAGGGGACAGGACAACUUCACAGCAUCAAAGGGACGAUGGACAGGGCCAUGCACCGUCAAAUCCUGGGUGAGAACCUCCUUCACUCAGCCAGGGCAUUGAAAAUGGGUCGUGGAUGGGUAUUCCAGCAUGACAAUGACCCAAAACACACGGCCAAGGCAACAAAGGAGUGGCUCAAGAGGAAGCACAUUAAGGUCCUGGAGUGGCCUAGCCAAUCUCCAGACCUUAAUCCCAUAGAAAAUCUGUGGAGGGAGCUGAAGUUUCGAGUUGCCAAAUGUCAGCCUCGAAACCUUAAUGACUUGGAGAAGAUCUGCAAAGAGGAGUGGAACAAAAUCCCUCCUGAGAUGUGUGCAAACCUGGUGGCCAACUACAAGAAAUGUCUGACCUCUGUGAUUGCCAACAAGGGUUUUGCCACCAAGUACUAAGUCAUGUUUUGCAGAGGGGUCAAAUACUUAUUUCCCUCAUUAAAAUGCAAAUCAAUUCAUAACAUUUUUGACAUGCGUCUUUCUGGAUUUUUUUGUUGUUAUUCUGUCUCUCACUGUUCAAAUAAACCUACCAUUAAAAUUAUAGACUGAUCAUGUCUUUGUCAGUGGGCAAACGUACAAAAUCAGUAGGGGAUCAAGUAGGGGAUCAAAUACUUUCUUCCCGCACUGUAUCCUAUAAAAUUACAAUAAGUUACUGGGUACUGAGUUGCUACGUACAGUAUAUAUAUUAGCACUUUGCACUUUUUCUAAGUAAUUCCCUAAUUCCUCUAAAGUAAGUAAAAAAAUAAAAACAUUGCAGAACCAAUUUUAUUUCUGUAAACUUAAGUUUACCAUUUUUAUUUAGAUAAUAAAGACAAAUGGUAUGGACAAAAUGAUUGGUAGUUGUUUGCACAGCCUUUGGUCAAUAUAACUGGCAACAAAAUCUUAUUGUAGCCAUCAAUAAGCUUGCUGCUCAUUUCUACUAGCAAUUUGGCCCGCACUUCAAUGUUUGAUUAAGGUUUAACACUAACUCUAACCCUGCUGAUUUUAUGAUGUCUUGCACACAUUCAAGGACCCAGUACCAGAGACAGCAAAACAACCCCACAGCAUUAUUGAACUUCCCCUAUGUUUGAUUGUAGGGAGGGUGUUAUUAUUCUUUGAAUGGUUCAUUUGGUCAUUGGUAAAAAUAGGAAGACCCCACUGCUGAAUGAGACACAAUAAUGCCUGAUUUAACUAUAAAAAUAAUAAACAAGCCUAAAUCCUGGGGGAAAUGUUCUGUGGACCAAUUAAACAAAAUUAGAGCGCAUUGGCAAUACAGAUGAGCAUUGUGGUUACUGACGACCAAAUGAAGCAUUCAAUGAAAAUAACACCCUCCCUACAAUCAAACAUAGGGGAGGUUUGAUAAUGCUGUGGGUUUGCUUUGCUGUCUCUGGUACUUGGGGCCUUGAACGUGUGCAAGGCAUCAUGAAAUCAACAGAUUAUCUGGUGUUUUGGAGUCCAAUGUUCAACCCAGUGUCCAAAAAUUGGGUAUCCAUUGAAGGUUGUGGAUCUUCCAGCAGGACAACAACCUCAAGAAGAGAUGCUGGACUGCUCUGGAGUGGCCAGCGAAGAGUCAAAAUCUGAAUCACAUCCAAAACCUAUGGCGAGAUCUGAAAACAGCAGUUGGUGGAGGGCACCCCUUAAACAUUGAAGAAUUAGAGCAGUUUGCUGCUAGAAAGUGGGCCAAAUUGCCAGGAGAAUGGUGCAGCAAGCUCAUUCAUGGCUAUAAGAAGCGUUUGUCUGCUGUUAUCUUGGCCAAAGGCUGUGCAACUAAGUACUAGCUCUGGGGUGCCAAUCAUUUUAUCCAUGCCAUUUGUCUUUACUUUCUAAAUUAAAAUUUGUGAAUUUAAGUUGACCUUCUGAACCUCUCUGUGGGUCUUUUGGGCAGGAUGAACCUGUUACUGAAGCUCCUACUGUGUUGCAUUAGAGUGCUGUGGAGUGGGUGUGCGGCAUUGUCCAUGAUCAUGUGUGUUUUAGCUUGCAGACAUUUUAUUAACAUGCCAUGCAUUGACUGUAGAACUUGCAUCUGAUUGUAGCACUUGCUCGCUUUUUUUUCCUCAAAAAAAAAAGGGGGGAACUAUUUAAGAAAAGUGCAAGGGUGCCAAUAUAUUUGGCCACACCUGUAUAUACUGUAUAUGUCAAUAAAAACACAAACAAAAACUAAAAUGUGGCAGAUUGCUUAAGAGAGGAGGUGCCACAACUGGCAAUUACAGAAGUCUCCAGUGAAACAUCUCAUAGUUUUACGACCUCCUGGUCAUGUUUGCACCGACAGACUCCUGUGACACCGAUUGCAAUCCUGCCUCCUCAUGUCACAUUACUCUUAAGUCCCGUUCCCCCCAGCUGAGUUUGUGAAGGUGGUCAAAAUGAUCAAAUCUUCCUGCGCCGGAGGAGAACAAGCUGUAACAGGUCACUAAGGGAGUCAAGGGUGUAAAGGCAGAGAAGAGCAAGUGAGCUUAUCAGCAAUGAGAGCUCUGAAAAAGACUCUAAGUCUGUGUCCCAAAUGGCACCCUAUUCACUAGUGCACUACCCUAUUCACUGUGCAUGAUAUACAGUAGGGAAUAGGUUGCCAUUUGAGACACAACCUAAGUCACAUCCAAUCGCUUUAAUAAUGCACCGUAAGGACGGAGGCUGACAAACAUGAGAACUUUAGUCAGUGGAAUAAUACUAUCUGCUGUUAUUCUCCGUGUUCAGGAGGCUUUGGGGCAUCGCACUGCGCCUUGCGUGCGUCAAUGAUCCCAGUACCGGGGCCCUUGUAAGAUAAUGGUUCUAAUUUUGAUAGAGGAAGAAAUAGAGAAUUGAGGGGAAAUUAUUUAGGAAUCCAUUAAUGUAAUCUUGUCUGGGAUUAAUUCCUGGCCUCUGUAGAAAGUAGUGGGAGAGCCGCCAGGGACUGUAAUCAGAAAGUGUUGACUUAAUCUGCAGUUUAAUUAAAGGGACCUGUGCUGAGGGGGCCAUAUAUCACAGGGGAACAUCUCCUACAGUGACUCAGGACUAUUGUGGCUGCAUCUGCUGAGUGUAUAUCGUGUUAUCUAUGGCUAUCGAGGAACCCACGUGUAUUCAUUAUGUUUGUAUAUGUCCACGAACUGUAUGGGGUCCUAAUAUAUACUUUCCAAUUUCCUAUUUUCCUCAACUCAUGUCCUUAUUUGGCCUUUAUUUGUAUUUCACUGCAGUGCUGCAAAUCUCAUGGGUCCUCCCCUCCUCAAGGGGACAGCAGUCUGCCAGCUGGCGCACCCACAGCAGCUCCACCUAUUCUCAACAGAGAGCUCUCCAAAGGGAAACACUUCAGGUACUUGUACAGUAGAACAUCUUCUCUCGUUCUUCCCGCACCUCUAGUUUAAAUAGGCCGCUCCAGUCAACAGAAGUGGAUGCAGCCAAGUAAGACUUUUAAUCAUCCCACAAUAUGGCACAAUAUGUUAGUGUAAAACAUAAACAGUGCUUUCAUGGAAUGUAAAAAAGAUUUAUGAUAAUUGUAAUUGGUAAUAAACAUGUUAAUAUGCAAUUAGGCUCCGUUGCCAGGCACAAAGGCGCUUAUCUGCAUCAAAAGCAGAUACACGUAUCGGGACAUUUCCGUUUGAUUUACAGUUUUACCAAGUUAGCGGCUAGCAUGAAAAUCACACUGAUGGCUUCACAACAGAUGGGGAAAUAAAUAUUUGUAUAUUCGAAUAAGAUUGCAAUUGCAAUAGAUGUUUGCAUAUCAUCCACAAUGUGUUCAUGUGCCAUGUAUUUCUUUAUAGUCUCCUGUUUCUCUUAUUUGCUGAAGAGAAACUACAGAGUGGGAACUACAGUGUGGUCCUUUAAGCCUUUUCAAUAUUUUGACCAAUGUUUUGUGUUUCUGUCUUACGUAUUCUUUAACAUGGCUCGUCCCAGGAGUAGCUCCCUGUCCCUCAGUCUAGCCCAAAGACACUGGGACACUCAUCGCACGAGGAACCCACCCAUCUCUCGAGGACCAAGGGUUGCUGGCCCCCCGUAUAGGCACCUGCAGGAGGUGGAGUCUACAGAGAUGGAGGCAGAGUCUUUAAGAGGGUAAGCACCUGGAUGUUCUGCUUUCCUUUGAAACUGAAUGAGGACAGUGUUGAUGGCAAGGUUGUUUGGUCUUGAUAAGUCAGUUUGAAUCAUGUGCUUUGAAAUAUACUGAACAAAAUUAUAAAUCAACUUGCAACAAUUUAGAAGAUUUUACUGAGAUACAGUUCAUAUAAGGAAAUCAGUCAAUUGAAAUAAAUGCAUUAGGCCCUAAUCUAUGGAUUUCACAUGACUGGGAAUACAGAUAUGCAUCUGUGAGAUUGAAUAGGGCAGUCAACAUGAGACAAAGUCCUGCUGGCACUUUCUCUGCAGAGGACUAUCCGUCAAAUGUUCACACAAGACCUGAUGCAGCAUUAUGAGGACACGAUUAGGGAGCAACCCUAGAGAGCGGGUCAGUGACGUCAAAAUGUAUUGAUUCUGCUUUAGAAAUAAAUAAGAAUAGAGUAGAUAUUCAACUGUACUGUACAGUACUGUUCUGAUUGUCAAUUUUUGUGAGAAACCCCUUCCACACACACGUUAAGAGGCUUCAGUGGUUAAGUGCCUUGCUCAAGGGCACAAUGGCAGGAGAUGCUACCUGGGAUCAGAGUGAUGCAUCAGAAGUUGAGGCUCGACACUGUCUCCAUUAUAACAAUAUAUUAUUUAUUAUAAAUCCAAGGUUAGAAAACGAAACGAGACGUUUCGGUCAGAGACCUUCAUUAGACAGACCUCUUUGAACACAAAACCCCCUUUCAUGGGAUCAGAGCAGCCAGCCCUCCGGUGGCCAGUUCACUUCCCACUUUAUUGGGAACAAUUUAUUCUAUAGUCCAGUGUUUCCUUUUAGAAAAUCUAUGUUAAAAUGUGAAUUUACACACACGUUACUACAGUACAAUGCACCCAAUUGCCAGGUAAGGGACCAAUCAUACUAAUCAUGACCAGUCAUGCUAAUGCUGAUAGCUUGCUCUCCCUUUCUCAGUUUUUCUAUGAUACCCUGAUUCAACUGCUGAAGUUAGCAAACGAGGCACUGUGGUGAGUGUGAAGGAAAGACGGCAGCGUUCAAAGUGCUAAAUUACAUCAAACUGCAGCCUCACAAACUUUGUGCACGUCCGCUAUUGUGUUAAAUUUGACAUACCAAACGAUACUGCUGAUAACACCAGCAAAAAAGGCCUGUAAAAGAAUCAUACCAUGCCUAUACUCAUACUCUAAAGUAAGAUAUUCCUAUUUAACCAAGUAGUCUGCUAUUGUUUUGAAUUCAACAUACCAAAAGAUACUGCUGGUUACCAUUAUUAUAAUUUUUUCUUAGUAAAUGCCAGACAAACACUACCUAAAAAGGCCUGUAAAAUAAAACAUUGCCCAAUCAUAUCUCCAUGUCACUGACAACACUAUUCCUAUUUUGCUAAGGUGGUUUAGUUAGCAUAAUUUGCUGGCAGCUUGGAACUUGAGUGACGGUGUGACUAUGUAAGAUGUCAGUCAUUAAAGCAAUUCUAAAUGCAUCCCAAAUAAAAAUGCAUCCCAAAAUACUUUUGACCAGUGCCCUAUUCAUGGAUGGCACCUCCAUAACUUGGUCGCGUAACACCAUUGUUAUGAGCGUUCUAAAAUCAAAUCAAAGUUGAUUGGUCACGUGCACAGGAUACAGAGUGUAAACGGUACAGUAAAAUGCUUACUUGCAAGCUCUCCUCAACAGUGCAAUACACAUUUAUAUAAUUGUUUAAAAUAAAAAGUAGUAAAAGAUUAAGAAUAAUUGUAAUGUUAGGAAAUAUAUAUACAGUAAGAAUAUACAGUAUAGACUAUGAAAUGUGCUAGAGUUUGUAGUGACAUGGUUGAGCAGCUUAAAUAAUAAUACAUUGUAGCAGCAAUGGUGACUGUGUGUGUGUGUGUGUGUGUGUGUGUGUGUGUGUGUGUGUGUGUGUGUGUGUGUGUGUGUGUGUGUGUGUGUGUGUGUGUGUGUGUGUGUGUGUGUGUGUGUGUGUGUGUGUGUGUGUGUGUGUGUGUGUGUGUGUGUAACAGUGGGUGAGUCAGAGUCCCGAAAGUUGAGUGGUGCCCAGUCAUUCUUAACGAGGGCUAAUUAUUGUUUUGUCUAAAUUACACUAUAAUGGCUUGGAAAUAAGAUUGCAUUCCUAAAGUAAGCAAAUAAUUAUUAGGAAACAACUUUGUCAUCAUUAUGAUGUCGUCAAAUUUACUUUAGAGAGAUGGUAAUGUUGCCAUUAGCUAGCAAACUUUGUCAAAAAUACCUAGCAAUGCUAAUGUCAGAAAGCUUAAAUCCAGAGCUUUUCCCUAAAUCUUAGCUAGUUAGCAAAUGUUAUACCACAUCUAAAGUCAAUCUGACAACUUCUCAAUGAUGACCAAAGGUUUUCCUACAAAUCAUUUGCCUCCAAUUGAAAAUGCAUUGAGUAGAACGUUCAGUCAGGAGUCAGUCUUCAAAAUAACUUUCAAAACAAUAUUGUGAUGAAACGUGCAACCCAUGAGUAGACCUUGGCCAAAAGUAGUGCACUACAAAGUGAAUAGGGUGUCAUUUGGGAUGUAACCAUAGUUCUCCCAGAGUAUAUUUUUCAAUAUUCUUAUUAACAUGCCAACCUGAUUGAGUAUCACAGUGACUUGUAAGAUACACACUGCUGUCAAACUCUUUAUAUAUGACCUAUUUCCAUAAUUAACAUUCUGAAACAGUGCAGCAUGCAGACAGCUCAGCAUAUUCUUUCAAUGGCUGUGAGAAGAUCUCCUCCUGUAGCACUGCACAAACACACGCAAACACAUACAGUAUGCAGACUAGUAUGCAUGCAUACACACACUAUGCACACACACACUUACAAUGUGCGCACACACAUUCAGUGUGCAGACUUUUCACGCAUACACACACACACAGUAUGCACGCGCACACAUAGAGUAUGCACACCCCAACACGCGUGCGCACACACACACACACACAGUAUGCAUUCACACACAAAUAAACACACACACACGCAGAGAGAAAAGAACUAACUAGGAUAAUUUUUUUAAAGCCGCAGAGGAGGAAUCUGUAGCCAUAGGCAAUUAUUGGUAACAUGAGGCUUGCAAAUGCUCGGGGAACGAGUGGUAUAAGAUUUUUUUUCUUCUUCACCGACGUGCAAAGAUUGUGUUAGUUAUAUUUGACUAGUUGGAACAUAUUAACUAUUGAUAACCCCUUUACAGAUCCAUCAACAAAGCAAGGCUGUGCUGGCCCAUGGAAGUUGGACUGACCUAUUUCUAUACUUAACAGCCAUACAAUACUAACAUCCUCCCUCCCUUGUUGCCAUGGAGAUACCCUUUGGUCUUCGGGAAUGAGGAAUGAGCAGUAAAAGAUGGAUAGUGAGAGAGAGAGAACGCAGAGACAGAGCGAGGGAGUGAGAAAGAGAGAGAGAGGAAGUGAGGGAGACAGAGAGAGAGUGAGGAAGGGAGAGAGAGAGACCAAAAAGAGAGAGAACAAGAGUGGGAAAAUGGGCAUGAGAACCUGCCUGUGUUUUCAAUGUUGUCAGCAAAUCCCCAUAGAGCAUUGUCAGUUUCAUUAAACACUGUUAGAAACACAUAUUUACCCUUCACAGAAUGGAUUGAAGCCGAAUUUGCCAUGACAGUUAUUUUUAGAUAUGUUAAGAUGCCCUGGUUUCCCCCAAUAAUACAGAAGAACGGGGAAAGUAAUUCAAUUAUUUAAACGGUCUCUGAAGUGAGCGGGUCUUUGUAGGUUUCACUAACAGCGUAUGAGAUUUAAGACACUUUUUAAAGUUAGUGCUCAAUACAGUACCAUUUGUUUCUGUGUCAGUAUAGUAUUAGACAGCUUAUCCUAGUGACCAUGGGCAAAAUAGUCUCUAGUGUAUAUGAUUUUAGGUUUGGUGUGGGGUUUAAAGACACAUUUAUUUAUUUAUUUUCUUUACUUGUUUCAGUCCAAAAACAUCCCUAACACUUAAACUUAGAGAUGGGGCUGGGGAAAUGUAACCACUCUCAAAAUCAUAGCUGGAGCUAUGGAUACAAGGACUGACAGUCCACGAGAUUGACAUGAUAGUUUGAAACUAGGAUUCAUAUGACAACAUAAACAUAAUCGAUGGAGUAAUAUACAGUGAGGAAAAAAGUAUUUGAUCCCCUGCUGAUUUUGUAUGUUUGCCCACUGACAAAGACAUGAUCUGUCUAUAAUUUUUAUAUAUAAGCUUUAUUUGAACAGUGAGAGACAAAAUAACAACAAAAAGAUCCAGAAAAACAUAUGUCAAAAAUGUUAUGAAUUGAUUUGCAUUUUAAUGAGGGAAAUAAGUAUUUGACCCCUCUGCAAAACAUGACUUAGUACUUGGUGGCAAAACCCUUGUUGGCAAUCACAGAGGUCAGACGUUUCUUGUAGUUGGCCACCAGGUUUGCACACAUCUCAGGAGGGAUUUUGUUCCACUCCUCUUUGCAGAUCUUCUCCAAGUCAUUAAGGUUUAGAGGCUGACGUUUGGCAACUCGAAUCUUCAGCUCCCUCCACAGAUUUUCUAUGGGAUUAAGGUCUGGAGACUGGCUAGGCCACUCCAGGACCUUAAUGUGCUUCUUCUUGAGCCACUCCUUUGUUGCCUUGACUGUGUGUUUUGGGUCAUUGUCAUGCUGGAAUAUCCAUCCACGACCCAUUUUCAAUGCCCUGGCUGAGGGAAGGAGGUUCUCACCCAAGAUUUGACGGUAAAUGGCCCCGUCCAUCGUCCCUUUGAUGCUGUGAAGUUGUCCUGUCCCCUUAGUAGAAAAACACCCCCAAACCAUAACGUUUCCACCUCCAUGUUUGACGGUGGGGAUGGUGUUCUUAUGGUCAUAAGGCAGCAUACCUCCUCCUCCAAACACGGCGAGUUGAGUUGAUGCUAAAGAGCUCGAUUUUGGUCUCAGCUGACCACAACACUUUCACCCAGUUCUCCUCUGAAUCAUUCAGAUGUUCAUUGGCAAACUUCAGACGGCUCUGUAUAUGUGCUUUCUUGAGCAGGGGGACCUUGCGGGCGUUGCAGGAUUUCAGUCCUUCACGGUGUAGUGUGUUACCAAUUGUUUUCUUGGUGACUAUGAUCCCAGCUGCCUUGAGAUCAUUGACAAGAUCCUCCCGUGUAGUUCUGGGCCGAUUCCUCACAGUUCUCAUGAUCAUUGCAACUCCACGAGGUGAGAUCUUGCAUGGAGCCCCAGGCCGAGGGAGAUUGACAGUUAUUUUGUGUUUCUUCCAUUUGCAAAUAAUCGCACCAACUGUUUUCACCUUCUCACCAAGCUGCUUGGCGAUGGUCUUGUAGCCCAUUCCAGCCUUGUGUAGGUCUACAAUCUUGUCCCUGACAUCCUUGGAGAGCUCUUUGGUCUUGGCCAUGGUGGAGAGUUUGGAAUCUGAUUGAUUGAUUGCGUCUGUGGUCAGGUGUCUUUUAUACAGGUAACAAACUGAGAUUAGGAGCACUCCCUUUAAGGGUGUGCUCCUAAUCUCAGCUCGUUACCUGUAUAAAAGACACCUGGGAGCCAAAAACCUUUCUGAUUGAGAGGGGGUCAAAUACUUAUUUCCCUCAUUAAAAUGCAAAUCAAUUUAUAACAUUUUACACUAUCUCUCACAGUUCAAAUAAACCUACCAUUAAAAUUAUAGACUGAUCAUUUCUUUGUCAGUGGGCAAACAUACAAAAUCAGCAGGGGAUCAAAUACUUUUUUCCCCUCACUGUAACCUUAAUUUGGGUUUCGGUAGGGUAAGACAAUUGUACCAAGCUCCGAAGGCAUUUAUAAGUUAUAUUCUUCAAUAAUUAUAUUGCAGGAAAUACCCCAGAUUGUGCCUUUAAAGCCAGUUAUCCCGAUGGCAUUAUUUUACAAUUUACUGUCAAAUAGCAUCUUCAACUCUGCAACACUUUCGGUUCUUCAGGCAACGUUCCUUGAUUCAUAUGCACACACUCACCUAAUGCUAGGCCUAAUUUCAACAUUUCUGCUAUCUGGGCUUUCAGGCAGUCAUCAGAAAAGGUGUACUCAGUUUGAUAAGGAGUCUGACUUUCAAGACCAUACCCCCCACAAUCCAAUAAAGCAGUCAGUCAGUGGGGUUUUCAUAUAGCCGCUCAGACCCAGCUUUGAUGCUAAAGCCUUAAAUCUCUGAUAAGGUUGUCACAAGAGAAAUUAUUUUCAGUUAAACAUUUAAGCAGCCAGAGUAGACUGUCCAUGCCGUAGAUUAUAAAUAAGUACACAAAGAUUAUGAAUUCCCAGAUUUAAACAAAUAUUUCACCGGUGUAGACAGAUGUUUUUUAGGCUUGAAUUGUCUGGGAAGGAUUUGUAUUCUAUUUUUUUCUCUCUCGCUCUCGCUCUCUCUGUCAGGUGAAAAUGAGAAGUCAUGCAAUAAAGGUCUGGGAACAAAAGGUCAUAAUCUCCGCCCAGUUUUUUUAUAUUUUCUGUUCUCUGCGUCCCUGCAGGUUUGACACUGGGAGGGAUGGAGGUGACGACCGCCAGCGCAGCGGGUUCCCGAAUAUGCAAACCAUGUCUCGUUCCGCGAAGAAGAAGGGAUGGAGGGAGGUUCCCUGCACCCGUCUGGACAGAGGAAUAACACCCGCUCCUCCUUCUCUCCGCACGCACUCCGUCCCCAUCAUCCCCUCUCUCCAGGAACAGGACCGCGAGGGGGGUCACGUGGACGGGAGCAGGGAGAGGGUCUCGCAUGGAGGAGGUCUCGCCGGGCCAGGUUACAUGGCCCAGGCACCUGCCGGUGGCAGCAGCCACACACCCCCUCACUCCUCCUCCUCCACCUCUGUGACUGUACUAGAGUUAGAAGACAGACCCAGUCAUGUGCGUCCCCACGACAUUAAGACUACACUGGGGUCAGGGACAAGCCCUAUUCACACGCAACAGGGCUCCUCUGAAACUCCAGUAGGGCCAGGGGGAUCGUUCCAACACUCUAGCCUUGUGGCCUCUGGGACAGCAGCAUCUGGAUCAGGUGUUGCCGGGUUGAAUAGCACAAACACUCUUAUUGCUGUGACCGUCCUUGAGUCAAAGAAAAAGAGAAUGUGGUCUACACCCAGACUGCUCUACAGCUUUCCCGGGAGCAGGGGUCCUCAGGAAGGUGUCCAAAGAGAGGCCCAGGCGCUCUGGAAACAAAAUGUCCCCCUGGUGAAUGGAGGGGCAAAUGCCUUCCUUUCAGUAGUGGUGGCAAAAGGUGCUGGAAUUGCUUGUGCCAAAACUUCUGCCAGC